AGAUUCUAGUAAUUUCCUUAUUUUGAGAAAUUGAUAAAUAUAUCUACAUUUCAGUUAUUUUGCUUUUUUUUGUAGCAACAAAAAUAAAAACUUAAAAAUUAGACCAUCCAGCUUAUUGAAAGUAACAUUAUCGAAAUCCUCUUCAUCAACUACAAAUCUUCAUUCACUCCAAUGAUUAAAUGAACUUGUGUCUCAGUCGAAGUUUGAUUGAUGUCGAUAUUUAUUAAAGACUCGAUCCGAGCACUGAGUUACAGAUUUUUGUUUAUUGAAUUUUAGAUGAAUCAUCCAUCAGAACCUAUUGAAGGAGACAUUUUGGAUAAAUCAAAUAAUAUUGAUUUAGAUCAUCCUCCAGAAGAUUGGUCUGGUUGGUUUUCUUUUAUGUCUUUAAAGUUCAUUUUAUAUGUAGCUAAGAAUCCUUGGGAAUUUCUUACAUCAGUACUAAUUAUCGUUACACCUCUCAUGUUAAUUUGUGCGUAUUGUUCAUAUAAGUUGGCUAAAGAGCUUAAACGUCAAGAACUCGAUCAGAAGAUGAAAGCUAAACGUACAGCUGCCAUUAAUAAAUCAAGGAAGCAAGUCAAAGUGGAUUAAUGACAAUUGAAUUUAUCAGCUUAAUUAUUUACAAGAAAUUGUCAAAUUAUCCUUCUUGUGUUACAGUCAAACCAACAAUCAGAUCAAUUGUUAUUGAUUGCAGUUUGUCUAAACGUCUUUGUCAUUGCGAUUAAUGGUUCGCAAAGUGAUUAGCAUGAAAUCUUGUUUUAGUGAAAGUUAUCUCGUAAAAUUUUCAGUAUUAAUUUGAUAAAUUUAUUUGGAUUAUAGUUUAUUUCUUUAAAUUGAUCAGUCGAUGAGUUGUUUCACUGACAACUUCGUUAUAUUUAUUGACAAGUAUAGGUGUGUAGGCUUGAAUUAAUUUAUUGAUUCUAACUAAUGUUUAUAGCAGUCAAGUCCUUUAUUAUGUGAACCGAUGCAGUUUUUAGGGUUUACCGUACGUUAUGAUUGACGUAUGAAUCUGUGUGCCUGUCUCCGCUAUUACAAAGUUUCCUACGUGUUAUCUGCUUGUUUAUAAACUCUCUUACGAAUAUAUUUACUGCUCCGAAGCAGUUGAAACACACUUCGUUAAUCUCCAAUUUUUUCAUUGUUCUCUAAACAGAUUAAUGUGCUAUUAUUACUUGCGUGGUAUUCUGUGCAUAUUUGUCAUAGAAAAUACUUCAAUGCAAAUUCAAUCAGUAAAGAUUGUAAUCAGUAUUCUACAAAUACUAACUAUGUAUGACUUCAAAGUUUUAUUUCGGCUAAAUAAAAUCAGACGAUCGUCAUCUCUCCUUAAUAAGUUAAGGCAUUAGAGAAUUCUGAAAUAUCUUCUUAUUCAUAUAGUAUUUGCACAUUAAUUCUCCUCAUUAUAGACUAGCCAGUUUCGUUUUAUCAUUCAAAACAACAGUAUAUUGAACCGAGUAUCUAUUCUUGUAUUCGGAAUUCAAGUUUUAUGAUACCAAAUUGGACUGACUAUUGAUUGAGUCAUCCAUAAUACUUUUUUUGAUAUGGUGGAGAAAAUUUUUAGCUCAAGUGGAUGAUUGUGGUGGUGUUUCCUUCUCUGAGCUGGUUGUUUUGGUUGUGGAGCUUUCAUUGUUCUUGUGAACAACAUCAUCAGCACAAACUUCAGAUAGAAGUGAAGCAUUCGAAUUUCUCCACGUUUGACCUGUAGCUUGUUCUGUUAACCUCGAUCUUGACUGGUUGUUGUUACAAUCGAAACAAACGUGCAAACAACGACAGGUUUAAGGUCAACAACAAUCAAUCAAGAUCGAGGUUAACAGAACAAGACACAGGUCUAACGUGGAGAAAUUCGAAUGCUUCACUUCUAUCUGAAGUUUGUGCUGAUGAUGUUGUUCAGAGGAGCAAUGAAAGCUCCACAACCAAAACAACCAGCUCAGAGAACGAAACACCACCACUUUUUUCAUAAAAAUAAUACUUUGGUAGAUGCAGCUGGAUAAGAUUUAUUUUUACCACUCUUUCACUUACCUUUCUUUUUUUCCUUCAACUUUCUAGAUAUGGGAUAAUUUUAUUAAUCU